UCCAUCUGUCCUGUCACUCCUGUCUUGUCUCCCUUUUCUAUUGUUCAUUCACCCCCGUGCGCUCUCUCCCUGCCGUGGCGACGACUGGGCGACAGCCGCCGCCGCCGCAGUCGCAACCGUACACCAGGCGCCAAGGCCUUCUUCGGGACCUUCGCCGGCGGUGAGCACCGACUAGGAGUAUAUUCUGUGCCAAUGAAAUGUCUGCCUCUGAAAACCAGGCUGCUGAAGCCAGAAUGGACAAAAGUGCCAUGAAAAUUGGCCCAACUGGGAACAAAAUCCGUAUUCGUUUGCCAUUAUCACUGAGAAAGCGGUUGGCCGAAGGCCUUCAAACCAUGAGCACAGGAUUACCUGAGGAUACAACAAAACACGCUGCUAAGGAAGUACCUGAAUAUACUGAUGACACUGCCAAGGCUAAUUUCAUUGUCCCAGACCUGAAUCUGACAAUCGCUGCUGGCACGCAGGAUAAAAGGGAAAGCAUUUGCCCUGUAAGAAAAGGGUCAUGUGAAGAGCGACACACGGACAUUAUGAGCAAUGGGCUGCCUCCUGACAGCAGCGAAACAACAAAGAAGCAAGCAUGUGUAGGAGCCAUGGACAACACCCAAAGCAUGGAACCUUCAAUCACAGGAGUGCAAAGUGAAGUGGAAAAGAAUAACUCCAUUAAGAAACCCUGUGAACCUGCUAGUGAAAAUAUCUUAAGCAAGAAGCUACUCUAUGAGACAAACAGCAAUACCUCAAGGAAGAGAGUAACUGAAGAAGCUAAGAUCAACAACCCAAGCAAGAACCUGAAAACCUCUGCAGUGAAGUGUGGAGAGGCAAAUGACUGUUUCCUAACCAGACGGUCUGCUGAUCAAUCUAAUGACAAGAAAUUUAGCAAAAAACUGUGUAGCUCUGCGGUACAAGCUACUGACAGCUGCCAGAACAUUUCUGGAAUGAAACUUCCUACCUCUGUUGGCGUGGCUGUAGAACAAAGUACCAGCACUGCAUUCUCGGAGGCCACAAAAGUGUAUAAAGAGUUUGAGAAGCAGGUUAAGAGGACUGUAUACCUUGACAACUUGUCUUGCCUAGCUACAGAUGGAGUCAUUACGACGGCUUUGAACCAGUUCGGUAGUGUCAAACACGUUAGUUUUCUGACCAACUAUACAGUUCCAUUUGACAUUCCCAAAUCUGCAUUAGUAGAAAUGGAAACUGAGAAGGAUGCUGAUUCUGUGGUCAAGAUACUAGAUGAGUUCCCAUUCAUGAUAUCUGGGAUGCCAAGGCCUGUGAGGGCGAAGCAUGCCACAGCUGAAAUGUUCAAUGACCGUCCAUGUAAACCUGGUAUAAAGUUAGAAUUCCGUUGGGUGGGCCCUACAGACCCUGAUUAUCAUAAUGUCAGAAAGUUCAAGUUUUUGUCCAAGAGGCAUGAGUUGGAGAACUUAGCACUGAUCAAGAAUGAACUGCGAGAGGAGCAACUUCUCGCGAGGCAUCAGCAGGACAAUCUAAAUUUUCAUUACAUGAAGCUUGAGACUGUAGACAGCAUGAUUACGAGUGGCUGCAUCAAUCGCCUGACUCACAUUUACAACCUCCGUUUCGCUGACAUGUAUUGAGAGUGUCAGGUGUACAUGGACUUGUUUUGACCUCGGAACAUACCUGUUGGGUGGAAUUGAGCUGUGAACAUGAUGUUACGAUCUGAUUAAAGUCUGCUUUUAAUACUUUUCGGCUGUUAGUGUUUUUUAAAUGCUUUUAGGCUGUUUUUUAAAUGCUUUUAGCUGUGAACAUAUCCUAGUUUGGACCACACGUAGCUCCCUGGUUUUCGGCAUUGAACAAUCAGCUGAUGGCGCUGUAUGGAUGGAAUUCGGACUACUGUACUAAGCAUUUAACAAAGGAGAGCUUGGGUGCUAAAGAUACUGAAUAUUACUAUAUGUCUAGGCCUACUUUUGUAAUGGAGAUUUUUUCCCCUGUUCUUGCGCGCGCGCGUGUGUGUGUUUGAAAAAAUGAACAAUUUCCUGUAAAAUGCAUAGACCAUUCGUGCUCAAACAUGCCCUUAGAAUGGGCUGAUCAGACAGACGUCAAUAUCAAUUUUGUUUCUUA